UUUCCGCUAACCUCGCACAACCCAAAUAGUUGUUAUGGUAACCGGUACUUCGUUUACAAUGUCUUACUUACCAGUUUGCUUGCAGUUCUGGGAUACAAAUAUUUUGUUUGAUAGAAUAUAAACUGCGUACCCGUCGUUUCCAUUAGUUAACAAACAGUAUCGUUAGAUCGGCAGUCAUUUUUGAAUAUGGAAGAAACUGAUACGGUGGAACAUACAUACAUAAUCAGACCGAAUUAUCAACACAAGUUUAAGGUGGGAGUGGUGAAGGAAUGUAUCCGAGAGGUUCUGAAAGAGCAGCUUGGGGGGGCAUCGUACAACCCGCAGCAGAUCUCCAGUAUGUGCCGUUCAGUUGCUGACUGUAUCAAGGACAAACUCAAAGAACAGGGGUUUGACCGGUACAAGCUGGCGGUGCAGGUGGUGAUAGGAGAACAGCGUGGAGAAGGAGUGAAGAUGGCUGCCCGCUGCUUCUGGGAUGCAGACACUGACAGCUAUGCCCAGGACGUCUUCAUGAAUGACAGCCUGUUCUGCGUGGCUGCUGCCUUCGGCUGCUUCUACUACUGAGGAUUGAGAACUUCUGCAGCGAUACAGAGCAACUGUGUGUGUCUGCAUGACUGUGUGUGUCUGCAUGACUGCGUGUGUCUGCGUGACUGUGUGUGUCUGCGUGACUGUGUGUGUCUGCGUGACUGUGUGUGUCUGCGUGACUGUGUGUGUCUGCGUGACUGUGUGUGUCUGCAUGACUGCGUGUGAUUGUGUCUGACUGCUUGUGUCUGUGUGUGACUGCAUGUGUCUGUGUGAUUGUGUGAGUCUGUAUGUGUCUGUGUCACUGCAUGUGACUGUGUGACUCUUUGUCUGUGUGACUGCUUAUGUCUGUGUGCGACUGCAUCAUCCACAGACAGGACCACUCCACAGCACCUCAGCCAUAAAAUGCACAGCCUGUCCUCUGCACAGCCCCUCCUGCACAGCCCCUCCUGCACAGCCUGCCCAGCGCCUGCAGGAUGUAAAGGCCAAAUGAGGCUCAAUGGAGACAGUGACACCUACAUACUGCUAUCCCAAGCCCUGCUAGCUCCAGCCCUGCUAACCCCAGCCCUGCUAGCUCCAGCCCCGCUAACCCCAGCCCCGCUAGCUCCAGCCCCGCUAGCUCCAGCCCCGCUAACCCCAGCCCCGCUAGCUCCAGCCCCGCUAACCCCAGCCCCGCUAGCUCCAGCCCCGCUAACCCCAGCCCCGCUAGCUCCAGCCCCGCUAGCCCCAGC